UUUAUAUGGACUAUGCCGGAAAAGUUACCUGGUAUUUUCUUGAGUUUGAUGACCGAGUCAACCACUUCAAUAGCUAUGAUCUGUUGUUCUGCAUGCAUAAUUUAUAAUAAUGCAUUCGAGCUCAACAUUGACAUACUAUAAUUAUUAUAGUCCGGUCACCCUAUAUAAUGUACAUAAUGUAUGCAUGUAUGUACAUGUAUUAUUAUAAGAAUUAUAAAAUAUAGGGACAGUGUCGCAUGCAGUGGCCGCAAUAGCAAGGUGGCUGCUUUAACAGCCUGCAUGCAUGCCAAUUAAUUCGUGCCUAGCGAAACAAAAGGUAUAAUUAUAUAUAUAGAGAGGUGACCGUAAUUCAAAGAGCCGAGAGUCUAUACCGUAUAGCGCGAAACACAUUCUACAAAACGUCCACAAAAUGGAACCUCCAUUAAAAAAUUAUUGCUGUUAUUUUGCACAAUCGUGAAAACCUAUAAUUUAUAUAGAUGCAUGCAUAAUUAUAGCUGGUCCCGGCCGACCUAUCUCACUUACCAGGGGAGACUUUUUGCUGCAAUUCAAGCAUUGGGGGAUCCUGAUGUGGCCUUUGAGUAAUGGAUGAAAUGGAGGUCUUUUCAUCUGCAUCAUGACGACUGCCCUCAAAAUGUUUUUGUAGCUUUCUCGGUUUAAUCUUGUGGCAGAUUGGAGAAAUUGAUUGAUUGAGAGCAGCCACAGAAUGUUUGUUAAUUGGAGUGCUAGUAAAAACUCCUCUUGGUGUCGGCAGAGCUCUCUCUUUUCUCUUCUUUUGAGGAUUAAGUAGUGAGGAAUGCUCAAUAACGUCGGACCGUGUAGUAAACUCAACUUCAUCAUUGUCCGAUGUAAUUGGUGUGAUCUGUUGAGAGGUGAUCUGUUGAGAGGUGUGUAAUUCUGCCUCAGAACUUGAAGGUGAUCCAUUCAAAGAAAGUGAGAGGUGUGGUCUCGUGCAUCGCUUCUUCUUGGGAGACCUACACAACUUGGCAGGAGAAUACAAUUAUUUCUUCAAUGUAACUGCAGCUGUUUGCCUCACAUUCCUGCUCUGGUGAGCCUCACGUGCAGGAGUUUGUUGAGAGGAGGAUGCAGGAAUUUGUUGAGAGGAGGAUGCAGGAGUUUGUUUCAGUUCAGAGGAGGCUAUAUAUAUAUAUAAUAAUAAUGAUGACUGCCAUGAAUUAAUUGCACAUUAAAAAUCAUGUACGAACAGACUGUCAGACAACUUACCAUCCUUCCAAGGUUCGAGAAUUGAACCCUCUACUUAACCUCAUGACAGCAGAGCAAACAUUUGCUUGGAUUUCCAGAUGCAACGGUGCAACAGAUGCAACGGUGCAACAGAUGCAACAGAUGCAACAGAUGCAACGGUGCAACAGAUGCAACGGUGCAACAGAUGCAACAGAUGCAACGGUGCAACAGAUGCAACGGUGCAACAGAUGCAACGAUGCAACAGAUGCAGCGGUGCAACAGAUGCAACAGAUGCAACAGAUGCAACGGUGCAACAGAUGCAACAGAUGCAACGGUGCAACAGAUGCAACGGUGCAACAGAUGCAACAGAUGCAACAGAUGCAAUGGUGCAACAGAUGCAACAGAUGCAACAGAUGCAACAGAUGCAACGGUGCAACGGUGCAACAGAUGCAACAGAUGCAACGGUGCAACAGGUGCAACGGUGCAACAGAUGCAACCGUGGAAAAGAUGCAACAGAUGCAACGGUGCAACAGAUGCAACAGAUGCAACGGUGCAACAGAUGCAACGGUGCAACAGGUGCAACGGUGCAACAGAUGCAACGGUGCAACAGGUGCAACGGUGCAACAGAUGCAACGGUGCAACAGAUGCAACAGAUGCAACAGAUGCAACGGUGCAACAGAUGCAACGGUGCAACAGAUGCAACGGUGCAACAGAUGCAACAGAUGCAACAGAUGCAACGGUGCAACAGAUGCAACAGAUGCAACGGUGCAACAGAUGCAACAGAUGCAACAGAUGCAACGGUGCAACAGGUGCAACGGUGCAACAGAUGCAACCGUGGAAAAGAUGCAACAGAUGCAACGGUGCAACAGAUGCAACAGAUGCAACAGAUGCAACGGUGCAACAGAUGCAACGGUGCAACAGAUGCAACAGAUGCAACGGUGCAACAGAUGCAACAGAUGCAACGGUGCAACAGAUGCAACAGAUGCAACGGUGCAACAGAUGCAAUGGUGCAACAGAUGCAACAGAUGCAACAGAUGCAACGGUGCAACAGAUGCAACAGAUGCAACGGUGCAACAGAUGCAACGGUGCAACAGAUGCAACGAUGCAACAGAUGCAACGGUGCAACAGAUGCAACAGAUGCAACAGAUGCAACGGUGCAACAGAUGCAACAGAUGCAACAGAUGCAACGGUGCAACAGAUGCAACGGUGCAACAGAUGCAACGGUGCAACAGAUGCAACAGAUGCAACGGUGCAACAGAUGCAACAGAUGCAACAGUGCAACAGAUGCAACGGUGCAACAGAUGCAACGGUGCAACAGAUGCAACGGUGCAACAGAUGCAACGGUGCAACAGAUGCAACGGUGCAACAGAUGCAACAGAUGCAACGGUGCAUGCAAUGCAAGUGAUCAUGCGUGGACAGAGGAGGCGCGGUGCAGCUCAGGCAAUUAGCCUUUGAAUAAUUAUCCGUCCACGUCGUAUGUUUUUGCUGAGAGUAAUCAAAGGGCUAAUUACUUGAGCUGCACCGCGCCUGUCGCCUGUCGGACCUCCUCUGAUGCGUGGACUUAGGCUAAGUCUUAGCCUUGAUUCCAUACACUCUAAGUAAUCGAGGCUACUUAAGUACCUCGAUUACCAGGCCGCACUAGCUAGUGGGAUGGAUAGCCUCGAAUCCUUGAUUAUACAGCCACAGUAAUGGCGAUCCCAUGCAACGUGCUACUGUUGCAUUUAUGUGCGUACAUAAUUCGUGUGCCCAUAUCACGCCA